UGUGUGUGUGCACGCGGCGCGCGCCUACCAGUCAGUCGGCUGUGUGUAUGUGUGUGAGAGUGAGUGUGUGUGUGCGUGUGUGUCUGAAUGUGAGUGAGUUUAUGUUAUUUUUUCAUACAUUGUAAAUCUCAACACGCUCGAGGUAAACGGCGGCUGGUAGGAGGCAGCUUCCGGGGAGAAAAUUCAAAACUGACUCAACUCUGAUGAACUCGAACGUAACAAAGUUUGCUAGGAGCCGCUCGUGAAAACAAGCCGCAUCUACGCAGUUUAUUCGGUGCGCCAGCGGCUGUAGUUAGCGGCGGUUUUUAAGCUAGCUUAAGAACCGGCAACCGUCACCCGAAAGUCGGUUCUAAGAUGCUAAAGACGCUGACGAAGAAGCUGAGAAGACACUCGCUCAAUGAGAUUCAUCCUUUCCAGCUGAAGAUUUCCUAUCAUGGGGGUGGAGAGGGAGGGGAGAGCGAUGACUCAGAGGGUGAGAACCAGGAGCUGGCUCAGAUUGACAGAGAGAGACGGAGAAAUUGCGCCCUGACCCCUUUGGCCACCAGCCAGCAGCAUAACCAGGGCCCUCUCUCUCCUGCCCGGUUACGGCGCCUCCGCCUCCUUUUAGACUCUAACCUGGACCGUCACUCGUCAGAGGAAGAACUGGAGCGAAUCAGCUGUGGCGACAGCAGGAAGUGGAUGUCCACGUGCCACAACGAUCACCACAGCAGCGCCUCAAGUGAUGAGGAAGUUCGGGACCUCUGCGGCUGUAGGUCACCUCCUGCCUCAGUCAGGCCGCUGGUGGAGCCCGGCGCCUGCCUCGCUGCGUCUCCCAGCCCCAUACUCUUCAGUUCCAGCCCUCCACGUAACCUCAAGCAUCCUCCAAUGAGAUUUCAACUUCAGGUGGUUCCGCCUAUCACACGGCCCAUCAUUCUGGCCCACUUUGACCAAUCAGCACCUUACAGGAAGUAUCGACACAGCUACAGCGGAGAGCCCGGGAGACCCAGCCUGGAUCUGGAAAAGAUGCAACAGAAAAUGCUGCUGAAGAAGAACGGCGGCGGGAAAACGCGGACCAUGAAGAUUCGGAACCUGACCAGCAGCCGUCCUACACCCAGGUACACGCACGACCCGUCCAGCUUCGCCUUCCGCUCCCUGAGCACAGCGCCGCCCUGCAGUCCCCUCGCUGCGUCCGAGGACCCUCUUUGCUCUUAAGUGAAUGUCCCUCCCCCUGCCACACGCUGGCUCAACACCUCCUCGAUCCCAGCUGGCUGCUUUUUUUGUGGCUUUGGAGCAAGUUCAGAAAAACAGACAAUAAAACUGACCGCUGGGAAGUCAUUUGAACUGUUGCACUCUCAGGUAAUCCCUCCGUCUCUUUGACCACUGCAGAAAUCAGAAGCGUUUGGAGAAAAACACGAUUCCCUAGCUAAAGCUUCCCAUGGGUGUUCGCUGUACGUAAAGCACUAACAGGAAGUUCGUAUUGAGGAGAAUGAUGCAUGUUAGACAAUCAAGUGGUCCCAGGGUUUCCUCCUUUGCCACUCCCUAUGUCAACAAGGCGAGCGAGUCACCCACUACCGUACUGUUUAAAACAAGACCGCUGUGGCAUUUAUCUGUCUGAAAACUACACCUAUGGAGGUGUUAUGCUAUAAGGUCCAGCUAUAUUAAACGGAUGAGUGUAGGGGUCACUUGUAGUUCAGGUCAGAAUGAUCCUCUCUAUGUUUUGCAUGAAUUCCACUUUUGCGCAGAAAGACCUGUGGAACGAUAAUGAGCGUAGUUUGCAGCACUUUUGGCUAAACGAUGUUGAUAGCCUGUUCGUAGUGUGCCAUUUAUAUGUGACUCAACGGGCUGGUCUAGCUCUGGCACGCCAGUGUCUGACGUUCUCUUAAUGCCUUGAGCUGACAUUCCUGUUGUAUUAAAGUCAAUGGCAGGUACUUCUCAGCUGCUGAGUUCAGUAAACACAACGCCGCCACUGUAACUAAGAUUUAGCCGAACUGAAUGUAACUUUGUGACUUCAGUUUUUGUCCUUUGUUGCACAAAGAAACAAACGAAUAAAUUUGCUGUGGCCUCUUGUC